AGAAUUAAAGCUAACAAUUGAGUUGUAAUGCGUUUAAUGCAUGAAAUAAAAAAACUGUCACUGAAUUGAAAAUUUGAAUUCAAAUUCAUUGAAUUGGAAACAGAAUUCUUUACAAACCGUUUGAAUAAUAAAAUUAGUUCUUCUGUUUCGCAAAAAAAAAUCUUCUGUCUUUGUCUCACAUUUUUUGACCACUUAUUUGCCGAUUAUUGUCACUUAAAUUAUCAGAAUUUUAUUGUUAAUCUAUAACUUCUGUAGUGUUUUUGUAAUUUUUCAGUUUUUACAUAAUUCUGUUAAUUUGUUGAGUGAUUUGAUUGCUGACCUCAACAACUGUCGAUCGAUUGAUCAGUUAUGAGCCGUUUUUUGUCUGCACUGGUCAUCCAUUUCAGACAACCAUUAGUGGUGGCCAUACCACUUGUAGGCGCCGCCCAUUGGUGUCAGCACCAGAAACGCUGCGCCUAUUUGGCUGACGAUAAAACAAUACAACAAGUCUGUGAGAGAGCGCUGAAAUCGGUGGUCUCUGUUCGGGUUUAUGUCGAGAAAACUGGUAGACCGGACAUUAGUCGCAUAUAUUCAACCAGUUCUGGAGUCGUCUUAGAUGGUAAAAGAGUGUUAACCACUUGUCGAGCUGUCGGUAACUCAGAUUCCGUUGAAGUGGGAGUUGGAGAUCCACUUAAUCAGCGCAUAGUUUCUUACAAAUGCAAAGUUGACUACAGAGACGAAAAGAGAGAUUUGGCAAUUUUACAACCACUACAUAGAGAUGCAAAGGUAGAACCAAUAGAAAUGGGUGGCAAAGACUAUGACUUUAAAGCUUCCGAUAAAGUGGUGGUCGCCGGUCACGCCUGGGAUUACACGACCGUCAACGCUGGUAUCAUAAGUUGGCCGAAUCGUACUGGCGAAGAUAUCACCAAAAUUGGCAAAAAGUAUCCGCUAAUCGCCGAUAAAACCCAAUACAUACAACACACGGCUGCAUUUGCCAUCGAUGACAUCGGCGGACCGCUCAUUCAUGUGGACAAAAGAAAAAUGAUUGGACUCUACUUCUAUCAGCAGCUCAUCGACAGUAUUAACACAUACUUUGCUAUUCCCGUUAAGGAGAUUGACCAAUUCUUAACUGAAGCGAAAGGUUACUUAAGUACAGACACAGGAGUGCCUGUACGAGAAAAAGAGCAAAAGAGUGGCGACGCUAAAAGUAAAGCUAUGGAACCCAAGGCACCGAAGAUACCCAAAGAACCCAAGAAACCCGAGGAACCUAUGGAACCGCCAAUUGUGUUACCUAAGCCGGGCACACCAGGUUGGAAGCCUAAAGGAAUUCCCAAAGAUCCGGAUGUACCAGGAUGGCAGGAAGCAAAGAAAAGGAAGCCUAGACCUCCAUCCAAAAAACCUGAAACUAAACCACAAAAACCUCAGCGCUGGGCUGAUCCACCACGUGAUCCAAAAAAAGAAUUUCCACCAAAACCAAGACCACCACCACCGAAGCGGACGCCAUCACAUAAACCGCGACCAACAAGUGAUGUGCAAUUGACGCCAGAAAACAACAACAUUGAGAAACAGUCACUACCAACUGACACAGGCAUCAAUGAAACUCCCGAAACCUGGCCACCGAUGCCGCCUAUCUCUCAACAACCACAACCCGAACCCUUUUUAUCUGAUUUUUAGGCAAAAUCCGAAAUAUUUUUACCGAUUCUUUUCUCUAUUUUAUUAUUUAUUUGUUUUUAAUUAACUUUUAAUUAUUUAUAAUUUUAUUUUAUUUUGUUUUCAAUUUAAUAGCAAUUAUUUAGCUAUUUAUUAAUUUCUAAAUUUUUAUCAAUUAUUUUUUCUUUACGAUAAAUGUAUUUAUUAUUAUUUUGUGUAUUUAUGUAU